AAUAAUGAAUUCUAAACUCAACUUAAAUAUACUAUUAUUGGGUGAGUCGGGUGUGGGAAAGACUACUUUCAUCAACGCGUUGGCCAACUAUUUAACUUAUUUGACCAUGAUACGUAUGAAGUUAAAAGUGUCCAACUUGGAACUACUAUUCAAGAGGCAAUUGAAAUUGUUGAGUCACUUGAAUAAGUCGGCCGCCGAUAACAUACUGUUUCUCUUCACCAAUACGGACACACCGGGAAACUCAGCCACAAUAUUAAUAUCUGAAUUGAGUCGUGUCAGGGUAAACACUCCCGAUAUUGACAUCAAACACAACAAGCAAACAAUUUAUUGCGUAAAUUACGAGUCAUUCACGUAUGCCGUGGCAGCGGCCUCGCCUAAUAAUAUGGAGUUGAGUAAAGAUGUCAAAAUCGACCAGGCUAUUAAAUGGAAAAGUACACUUCCAAAGGUUAUUGUUGAGGGAACAAAGAAACAGGAAACCUUCCAAAAUGACCAGAUUGAACUUGGUGAUAAGCAAAAAGAUAUAACCCUUCUAUUGUUGGGUGAGUCGGAUGUCGGAAAGUCCACAUUUAUCAACGCAUUUGUCAAUUAUAUGACAUAUGAGACUAUGGAUGAGGCCAGGGAUGGGCAACUCAAAUGUCUAUUAAAUGAGAAAUUCUCAUUAAUGGACCAGGAUACUUAUGAACUUAAGACUAUUGUCCUUCAAGCUACCAAUUCAAAUAAUACACUGUAUUGUUUCGAUAACGAGUCCUUCCGACACCUGGCGGCUACUGUUCCCCCGAAUAAUAUGGUAUUUAACGCAGACACGAAACACGAGCAUGAAGUGUCCUGGUCCAAAUCAGUCACAGAAUGCAAUCGCUUACUACAAUAUCUAUCGGACAUAAAACCAUUUCCUGUAAAUAUCACUAUUGAUAAAAUGAAACUGGCUCAAUCACCUAAGACUGAUAAUCAACCGAGGGGUGAAAGCAAAAUUAGGACUGAUAGCCAACCUAGGACUGAAAUUCAACAUAUGACUGAUAACCAAUUACCUUUUGAUAAAAAACAACAGGAAAAUCCUACGAAAGCAUUUGCCAACAUUGCCGCCACGUGCAAUAAAACAUUAACAAUCCUAUUGCUGGGCGAGUCCGGUGUGGGAAAGUCCACAUUCAUCAACGCAUUCGUCAAUUAUAUUAAUUACGAAAAUAUGCACCAGGCCAAAUUGAAACCAAUAUGCCUCAUACCGGUCAAUUUUACAUUGGCUGAUCGCGAGACUUAUCGACUUAGGACUGUAUCGUUAGGCACUCACGAUAACAAUGAAAAUACGGGCGAUGCUACCAAAUCGGCCACACAAUAUCCCAAAUGCUAUAAGUUUGAAAUUGGUAAUGUUACACUGAAUAUAAUAGACACUCCGGGUAUUGCCGACACAAAGGGUAUUGAUAAGGAUAACAAUAAUAUGAAAAAUAUAUUGGACUUUAUAUCCAAUUAUCCCGAAAUUAACGCAAUUUGUGUGCUCUUAAAGCCUAAUAAUGCGAGGGUUGGCGUAGUCUUCAAUCACUUGAAUAAAUCUGCGGCCGAUAACAUACUGUUCCUCUUUACCAAUGCCCGGUCAACACAAUACGCACCGGGAGAUACCGGCCCCGCGUUGAUAUCACUUUUGGAUCAAAUCAGGAAAAGCCCGCCGUAUGUGGACAUAGAGUACGACAAGAAAACGAUCUAUUGCUUUGAUAACGAAGCCUUUCGGUUUGCAGUGGCGUCGGCACCGCCUAAUAACAUGGUGUUUGACGACAUGCUAACACGUGAUUACGAAAUGAGUUGGCAGGGAUCAGUCAAAGAAUGCGAUCGAUUAUUGGAGCGCAUAUUAUCACUGCCACCCCAUAAGGUGAUGGACACCCUAUCCCUCAAUAACGCCAAACAGAAUAUACUUCUAUUGACUCAACCCUUGGCUGACAUCGCGAAGAACAUCUCGGAUAACGUAAAACAAUGCGAACGACACAAACAAAAGAUCCAUGAGUUCACGGGUGAUAUUAACGAUCUCCAAAAGGAACUGUAUAUCCCUUCAGUGGAUAUCGAAACCGAUCCAUUAGAUCACCCGAAGACUGUCUGCAGUGACAAAAACUGUUGCACUCAGGAGAACAUUAACGGAAACAUUAAGACCCACUACAAGACCAGUUGCCAUUCACCAUGCUACUUGACACAUAGCGAUGGUAAUAUUGUGGGAAAUAAAGGUCUACUAGACUGUAAAGCAUUCAAUAAGUAUGAACGAGUCGGUCCAGACAUCUAUAGCGAUCCGUCAGAACUUUACCCUGAUCACAAAAAUUUUAAGCCGCAUGAAUUGAACGCAGAGGGAAAGGUAUUAUCAACGCCAUCAAAGGUCAUUAAAUCGGACAAAUGCUACGAAUGCAAGCACUCGUAUCAAUCGCACCUACACAUCAAUUACGAGACCCGUAUUGUGAACAAGAAAGUCCGCGAUGAGAGCAAAUACCAGCGCAUCACCACCACCAGAGAAAUGAGCAUGGCGCAACAAGCUCAAAUUCAAAAGCUACAAGUCAAAAUAGACGAGUUGACCAUCGAGAAUAAUUUGAUUACAAAGUGCAUGGCUAAGUUUGCGUGUUUCCUCAAAAAUAACGCCCUGACCCCUUUCAACGAUGCGUUCGAGGAUUACGUGAAAAUUAUCAUUGAGAACGAAAAACAAGGUGACAACAAAGUGACCAUCGACAAAUUGGAGAAAAUGCUGAAACGGUAUAAAUAUGAAAAGGACGUCAUUGUGGAUGCUAUGAAGAAAAGCGAUCAAGGUACUAUAUCGGUUGAGGAUAUCGAUCAAAUUAUCAAGCAACUAUGCGGCCUGAAGUGGAAUGGACCGGCUAUUAGCAAGCUGUUGGCCACACAGAUUAAGUUAAAGGCUCAAAGUCACGCUUAUAAUGAGCAGCACAUAAAUUCUGGAUCCGGAAUCACCGCCACUUCUGUCGAUGCUAGAAAUGGCUUAAUCAGUGACACCGGCAUCACAUGCCUAUCGGCGCUGCCAUUACAACGCCUAACCCUCUCAGCAUUUCACUCCAUAAGCGACUCGUCGGUCAAAACAUUAUUAAACAAAACACAACUCAAGACAUUAGUAUUGACAGACUUAUCGCAAAUCACCGAAAAUCUGGUCAUACGUGCGAUCAACGUGUGUGAGGAGCACCGGGAGCGUCGUAUCGACAUCACCCUCUGUACGUCACAAUUAAACAAGAAAAUGUUGGCCAACCUGUCGCUGCCUAAGAACCUGACCCUCCGGGUGGAUACACAGAGGAGUAAUAAGCUGUCGGAUGAGGAGCCGUCCACUUUCCAGAUGAUGAUUGUCAUCGGGAUGUCAGCCCUCAUACUACUGAUGGCGCUAUUGACUACGAUUGUGGUGGUGUUGGUGCCGAUGGCUAUGGCCCUGAUGAUGAUCCACGAGUACCUGAUCCACAGUUUUGUGAUGGAUAUGCCAAACAUUUCUUAUCAUUUGAAGGGAUCCCUGAGCUCUAACCUAUUGCUCAUCAAACAGGCGUACCUUAAGCUCAUACUAAACUGUCCAGACAAGCGCCUAAACAUAAAGAUAACCCGGUAUGAAGAAGCUAACGAUUACGGAGUACAGGAAUCGGCCGUUCAAUUGUUGAUUAACGAGGGCUCAGGCGAUGGCCAGAGUCGGGUCACCACCACAGCGCUCACCCCCACCCACACCACUACUGAUAUAAUAUAUAUUUUGGAUAACUUUAAGGACAGAUUUGAUUCAAAACUAAAGUUACGGCCAUUGAUAGAAUUCCCCGAAUGGGUUAGCACUGAGGGAUCGGUAGCCCAAGAAAAUCAUACGACACCCACUGAUCAAACAAUAAGCACUAAGAAUACUAAAAAGAAGUCAGUGGUCACGGGAGAGCCUACACAGCCGGGUGUUAAGCUCACAAACACUGUGGCUACUAAUGAGGGGUCAAAGGGCAACGAGACUUCAACAACUGUUGAUCCCUUCUCAUCGAUAAGGGACCCGAAGAGACCACUGCUUCAAUUCCAGUACCAGGUUCACACAACUAUAAACAAUGAUAGUCUAACAGAUGUGUUGGAUGACAUCAAAGAACCUUCCAUACCUUCAGUUGAGUCCAUUUCCUUUAUAGAUCCUCACGAGGUAUCAGAGGUGGUGGAAGGACAUACGAAAGCCAGUGAUCUAACUAUAGGCACACCAGAGACUAAUAAGAAGUCGAAAGUUAUCCCAAAACUAACGGCACCCAUAACUCAAUCCGUAAACACUUUGGAUACCAAUACGGAGUCAGAGAUAACGAAAAAUCAUACAGAAUCCAGUGUUGAGGUGCUAAGCAAUACCAAAACUAAUUUAUUAGAGGUGACCGGGGUACCUACAGAACACUAUACUACUACUGAGUCACAUUCCGAUGAGAAGUUCGAGGAAGAACUUAGUGGUUCGUUGAACACUACGGAUACCACUAAUAACUCAGAUGAUAUGGAUGACCAUUCAGAAUCCAGUGACCAGUCAGUAAUUAACGUAACUGACGAGGGGUCAGUGUACAUGGAUAAACUCGACCAUUCUAUGGACUCUACCGAUUCUUAUCAGAAUUCAAAUGUGACGGAAUUGGAGAAAGGACAUUCACAACCCAGUGGUCAGACUACUAGCACUGUCAACGCUAAUGAAAGUUCAGAGGUUACUGAAGAAUCUACUGAAUCUGUCGUUCAUUUAAUAAGCACUACAAGUACUAAGACGAAUACACAGGUCCCUCAUAAACUUACGGCACCGACAACUCAGUCCACAGAUACUACAAACACUAAUGAGGGAUCAGAGGUUACGGAAGGACAUACAAAACAGUCCAUAAGAACUACAGUUGUUGACAACGAUGGGUUAGAGUUCUUGCGAGAAUUGGAUCAGACAUCAAACGCUACGAAUACUAAUGAGAGUUCGUAUUACAACGAACCACUUACAGAAUCAUAUGUCCCCUCCAUAAGCACCACAAUAGCCUAUAAGGGGUCGGAGUUGAUCGAAGAACUUAGAGGUGCGCUGAACAGUAGGAAUACCACUGAGAGUUCAGGGGUCGCGGAUGGACAUACAGAACAAACAGUUCAGAGUACAAGUGCUAUAACUGGUGAUGACGGGUCACCCGAUGAAUUUAUUGAGUUUGCUAACGCUGUAGAGGUCACGAAAGGGCAAACACAUCCUAGCGUCCACUCCGUAAGUACUACAGCUCCUGGUGAGGGAUCAACGUUGAAGAAAGAUCUUGCUCAGUCAAUAAGCCACACGGAGUCUAUAGACGCUACCGAUUCUACUGUGAGUUCAAAUGUUGCCGAAGAACAUAUCGAGUCUACUACUGAACAUACUAUAAGCACAACACAUUUUAUCAAGAACUCAAAAGCUAGUCAACUGUUUACGGCACCGACAACUCAAUCCAAAAACACUUUGAGUACUACUGAGGAGUCAGACGUAUCUGAGGGACAUACAGAACCUGGUGCUCAUUCAAUGACCGCAACAAAUGUUAACAAGGGCUCAGAGGCUACCAAAAAACUGAGUGCAUCGACAACUCAGUCCCUAUUGUCUACUAAUACUAUUGAUGGAGCAGACGAUAUACAAGAACACACAGAAUCUAUUAUUCAAAUCGUUGACAGAAUCAACGCUAAUGUAAGGCCAGAGAUCGCUGAAGAGCAUAUUGAAUCAACUGACUUAUUAAUAAACACAACAAAGUCUAGCAAAGGUUCAAAGACUUCCCAUUCAGGCCCGACAACUCAAUCCAUAGCCAGUAUGACUACUAAUGAAGGGACAGAAGUCACAGAAGAACGUACAGAAUCCAGUGUUCGGUCAAAGGUUACUCAUAAACAUCAGGUGCCGACAACUCAGUCAAUGAACACUACGAAUGCUAGUGAAGGAUCAGAGGAUACAGAAGAAUCUACUGUUCAAUCAAUUAGCACAACAAAGACUAAGAAAAGUUUCAAAACUAUUACGGGGUCAAAGGUUACUAAAGGAUCAAAGGCUGCUAAAGGGUUAAGGGUUAUUAAAAAACAGAAAUCUCCUGCAACUCAGUCCAUAUCCACUACGACUACUACUGAGGAGUCAGAAGUCGUAGAAGUAAUCACAGGAUCGGCGGCUGAGUCGGAAAACGACGCGACUACUACUGAGCUGUCCGAGGACGGGGAGGAACAGACGGAACCCAGUGACGAGUCCACGACUUCUGAGUCCAUUAGCAACAUCACUGAAGGGGAGGACACGGAUGACGUGACACUUGCCGAGGAAUCGGAUAUAAAGGUACCGAAGGGACCAAAGAAACCCAAGCGAAAGGGCGGGAAGAGGCACUGGUGGGACAACGACGACUUCCUUGAUGGUGAAUUUGAUGAAGGUAAAGUG